AUGUCAAGCCCACGACGAACACCCUUUGACAACAACUCACAUGAUCUACACGGCCGCGACAUUUCUUCCGCCUUUCACACGGAUCCAUAUUCCACGAUAGACAACAGUAUAGGAGAAGACCCUUCUACCAUCGAUGAGUCGAAGCCAGUAUACCUUAAGGACAUCUGCGCUACUGCAAGUGGAUCAAUUGCAUCUGCCGUAACCCCAUCGCCCAUUGACUCUGGCUUUGUGAGCCCGUCUGCUCUCACCCACCCUGCGCACCGUGACUGGCAUGGGUUCUAUGACCACAUGCCACUGCGGCCAACACUGUGGCGAGCAGGGCAGCUACGCGAUCUGUUGGCCGCUCAAAAGCUUCCAUACAGUCCCACUGCUCCUGACUCACCAACUCCGUCGACUUGUGACACUGCCUCAGACUGCGGCAUGCCCGAGUUCGAGGACGAUCUGCCCGUCGGUUGCAGGUUGUCGGACAUAGUCGACCGACGAGCUCUUAUUGACUGCGGCGAUGGCUACUGUCUACACGAGAGCAUCUGCGUUGAUCGGCAUCACACACCGAGCAGCCACGUAGUAACACCUCGACGAUUCCGGUCCGCAGACCCAUGGCUACAGACACCUCGCCUUCCGAGGCCAGCACCAGAUCCUACGACGGAGCACGAAGAUCUGGCGGAUCAGUUGCUACAGCAGCUCGAUGAUCUGCAAGGUCUUUUGCAGCAGACCACCGUUGGCACCAUCGGAGCUCUUCUCAAUGAGCAGGAUGCGCUCUACGACGUCUUAAGGCAUACUGAAGCUCGGGAUGCUUUGGCCGACGCCUAUGUCGCAGCCACGGUACCACUUCCAGAUGCAGAUGAAACGACAGCGUUGCAGGAGGACAGAUUCAUCGAUUCGGAGGCAAUCGACAAGGGAAGCGACCAUGACUGGGAGGUCUUGGACACAAGCCUUCCCAGCGUGGAGAACGGACGGACUUGGAAGCAGUGGCUUUGGGUCUACAACUAUCUAUGCUCGAAAUACAAGAUCCUCAUUACGCGGAACAAAUGUCUGCAUGAUGGAUCUGAAGUGGCCGGACUCGAAGUAGAGGAAGAUAUCUCUUCGGCCUCGUCGUAUGCGUAUCUCCUGACAGUCCGAGCGAUCCGGUUGUGCUGA